AUGGCAGCUCUCGAAGAUCUUCCGUGGAUAGAUUCCAUGGCGCCCUCAUCUGUUGCCCAGGACCAUGGCCAUCCUGACUCACAACCACCUACCGUCGCCGCCUUUGCUCCCUCUACCAUCGCUGGCUCGGCCUUGACGUCGCGACAGCGUUCCAGCGUCAUCGUGCAUCGAAAGUCACCACUUCUGGUGGCUACGCCACCCUCAAUAACCCGCGCACUAGCCUAUUCUCAUCCUUUUCUCCUUCCGCUGAACAAAUUCGUGGGUCUUAUAACAUGGACUACGGGAGACCCAUGGCAGAGCUUCUUGCUCGUAGCCACCUUCUGGGCAGUGGUGUUGUACAGUGACGCCAUCAUUCUCUGGGCCGGCCCUAUACUUGUUGUGGUUGGGCUGAUCCUGGGUAUGUACGGACGUCGGUAUUCACCUCUGUCAUCAACGAUCUCAACGGGUGAGAAGCACCAGCGAAGCCCAUCAGUGGACAGUACCAUCCGCCACCAAAAAAGCUUGGAUGACAUUGUUGAGACCUUGCGCACCUUGACCUACCGAUGCAAUAUCUUGCUGGAGCCCCUUUUGGAUCUCACCGAUUUCCUAUCCACACAGCGGACCGCAACAUCGGCGACGACCCGACCUGCGCUAACAGCCCUGUUUAUUCGCAUUCUUCUCGUCACACCCGUCUGGAUCGCCUUAACACUUCCCCCAUUGUACCUGAUCACCACGCGCCGUAUCAUCAUAACUGUUGGCACUGUCAUCCUCACCUACCACUCACGACCUGCGCGAGUCUCACGCGUCAUUCUAUGGAGAUCUCGUCUAGUACGUCGACUUUGCGCCAUGGUCACCGGAUUGUCGAUCACCGAGCCCCCAAGCAACUCCCAAAAAGCCCAAGCCGAAGCUCAGGGUGUGGGCAUGAAUAUUUCGACAAAGCGCCGCAAAGAAUCUGGUGGGGUUCGAUUCACUUUCGUUGUAUAUGAGAAUCAACGGCGUUGGCUCGGCAUCGGGUGGACCUACUCGCUAUUCCCCUCGGAGCGUAGCGCCUGGACAGAUGAGCACUUGAAUCCCGUUCCAGCAAAGGACUUAUUUGAACUACCAGACGUCCGAACAGGCGAUGCGAAAUGGCGAUGGGUCCCAGGGACUGAGUGGCGCGUUGAAGGCGCAGACACGUCGAAUAAGUCAGAAACCAAAGCCGCAAGUGAAGGAUGGAUCUACUAUGACAAUAAGUGGAAUGAUGGACGUCGCGGCCAAGAUGGCUGGGAUAGAUAUACACGUCGACGCAAAUGGUUCCGCGACGCAGAGCUUGUCGACGUAGAUAACGAUGGUCAAAAUUCUUCCGAAGAAACCGUAACCAACUUCACACAAACACCUGAACAAGAAAUACAAGCCGGAGAGCAAGGAGACAGCGGGAAGGACUUCGAUGCAGACGGCAUCAGCCUCUCAUCAGCCACCCCACUCAAAAACCGUCGCCGACGUUGGUUCAGUGGCAAGGAGAAAGAGCCCGGUAGCGACGGGUCACAAGAUACUGGCCGCUCCACUGGUGCAAAUACCGAUGGGAAGGGGAGUACGCGAUCUGCAUCGUCACGCCCCAUCAGUAUUCAAGGGUCUCGCACGUCCCAUGCUCGAGAAGGCAGUGUGGCAACGAGCGACAGCGCAAGUCUACGCGAGGAGCAAGAUCACCUUGACCGGUGGGCAACUCGGGCUGUGGACGGGACAGAAAGGGCAGAGCGCGAAUUCGGGCUAAGCGAUGAGGUGAAUAUGGGGUUGAGCUGA